AUGGCGCAAGAUUCUGGAAGUGGUGUUUACCUAGGAUUUGACUUUAGUACACAGCAGAUAAAAGUAAUUGCUGUGAAUGAUGAUUCCAAAGUUUUACAUGAGGCUGCUGUUAAAUUUGAUACAGAUCUGCCAGAAUUCAAGACUCAAGGUGGGGCUCACAUCCAUGACGAUAAAGCCACAGUUACUGCACCAACUCUAAUGUGGGUCAAGGCUCUUGAUCUCCUGAUGGACCAAGUGAAAGCAUCAGGUUUUGAUUUUUCCAAGGUUGUGGCAAUAUCAGGAGCAGGGCAGCAACAUGGCAGUGUAUACUGGAAGACAGGAGCACAAAAUACGCUGCAAAAGCUGAAUCCAGCAGAGACAUUACAUAAGCAGCUGCAGGAUAGCUUCAGUGUGGCAGACUCUCCAAUAUGGAUGGACUCUAGUACCACCCAACAGUGCAGACAGUUAGAGACUUCAGUUGGAGGACCGAUGCGUCUUGCUGAAAUCACAGGAGCAAGAGGAUUUGAAAGAUAUACUGGAAACCAGAUUAUGAAGAUAUCACAAAUGCAGGCUGUUGCAUAUGCUGAAACAGAGCGGAUUUCUCUAGUGAGCAGUUUUGCGGCAUCACUGUUUUAUGGGGAUUAUGCUCCAAUAGACUACAGUGAUGGGUCUGGUAUGAAUCUCCUGGAUAUCGUCAAGAAGUCAUGGUCACCAGAAUGUUUGAAGGCAUGUGGAGAGAACUUGACUACAAAGUUAGGGGAACCUGUUUCAUCCAAUACCGUUGUGGGUAAAGUGUCUCAAUAUUUUGUGGACAGAUAUGGAUUUUCUCCAGCUUGUCAAGUGGUGGCCUUCACAGGUGACAACCCUGCCUCACUGGCAGGACUUGCUCCUAGGGAAGGGGAUGCCAUUGUAAGCCUUGGAACCAGUGACACAGUAUUUCUUUGGCUCAAAGAACAGAAAGCAGGUCUCGAGGGUCACAUAUUUGUUAACCCUAUUGACUCUAAUGACUAUAUGGCUCUUGUCUGCUUUAAGAAUGGAUCAUUAACAAGGGAGAGAAUUCAGCAGGAGAGUGCUAGUGGCUCUUGGGAUACAUUCUCCAGCUACCUGACUACCACACCAAUGGGUAACAACGGAAACAUAGGUAUAUAUUUUGAUGCAACAGAAAUCCAGCCAUUGGCAAUGGGUACAUCAAGGUUCAACAAGGAUGGGGAGAAGGUUGAAAGUUUCCCACCUGAGAUAGAAGUACGAGCUGUAUUAGAGAGUCAGUUUUUAGCCAGAAGAAUGUACGCAGAGCUCCGAGGAAUGCGUGUCGGUCCUCAGACACGAGUAAUAGCUACUGGUGGGGCAUCUUCCAAUAUGGCAAUUUUACAGGUUUUGUCAGAUGUCUUCAAUGCACCUGUCUACGUAACUGAUGUUCCGAACUCGGCAGCGCUAGGUGGUUGUUAUAGAGCCAAGCAUGGUGUGACAGGAAUAAAGUUUUCUGAUGUUGUCAAGGGGCACCCUGAACCUGUGUGUGUGGCCACGCCUACUGAAGGUGCAUCAGAGAUAUACCAGAGUAUGAGUGAAAGGUACAAAAACCUAGAACAGCUGAUGUAGAUAAUUGUUUUACUAGAGUAGUACCUGGUAUGUUAGAAUCAUUGUGUUGAUUGUUGUCACGGCACGUGCUUGUAUGAAUGAUUCAUUAUCGAAUAUUUGUUAAUAAUUGUAUUUGAUUGAAUUGUAUUAAGUACUGUAUAAUGAUUUUCUUCUAUCGUGCCAAAUUGAAAUUGUUAUGAUGCCAAAAAUUAUCAACCGAAAUGUAUUUGAUUUAUACUUUUAUGUAAUCAAAUUGUUGUAUGUUAGUGCCUUGUCCGAAGCCGUUAUGUUUUGCUUUAAUCGUGAAAAAUGUGCGAUCCUUGCCAUAGUAACUUAUAUGAUGACAGGGUUUCUUAAUAUUUGUAAUCAUAAAAGAUUUUCAUUGCAUUUUUCAUAACCUUUCAUAUCAUCAAAACAUGUUCUGGUCAACAUGGUUUCUUCAGUCUAGAACUAUAUUCAAAUUGACGGGGUCACAGUUUUACCUUGUGGAGACUUAUUUAAGUUUUUCCUUUUAUCUAUGAGCCGCACAAUUCCAUAUAUUCUAUGUUGUACUAAAAUGAAUUAAGAUAUCGUGGGCAAAACAAUGUCUGAAACAGUUUUUACUCUUUUGCUGACAUUUUCUGGUGACAAAUUCUUUUGAUAACUGUUACAGGUAUAGAAAUAACACUGAAAAUAUUUCUAGAUUUUAUGGGAUUAGUCAUGGAAAAUAUCAAUUUGAUUUAGUGUUUUCGUUAUUCAUGUUGGCGACCAUAAGAGUUUAUAAUAAAUCGCUUUUGCUUAUCACUUAUUUUUGAACUGUGGUUUUAGAUGUUCAGUAGGGCAUUUACAUGGUACAAGUAUAGUGUUGUCAAUACGUCCCUUCAGCUUGUCUUAACAAUUAAUCAUUGUAACACAUUUCUAUGAUGUAAAAUUACAUGUAGAUUUACUAUAUACAACUGACGAUGAAUAUGGUUUGUGAAAUGGUUCAGGUAUGUAUUUUUAUACCAAAAAAUCAAUGUGUGUUGUAUUUCAUGACGUACACUUUUGAAAGCGUCAUUCAUAUUCUAUUUUAUACAUAUAUAAAUGUUGUCACUUAUACAUUACUCCGUGUAAACGGACAUAUAAUAAA